AUGGCAAAGAAUGAAGCAGCCUGGAUCACUGCACCUGCAGCAUAUCCUUUCACGGUCAAGUCUGCGCCUAAGCCCAAGCCAGGUCCAGGCCAUAUUGUGAUCAAAAAUGCGGCCGUUGCUAUUCUUCCCAAGAAUCCUGUUGACUGGAAGAUUCAGAGUCUAGGUCGCUACCUUGACAAAUAUCCUUUCAUUUUAGGCGAGGAUGCCGCUGGAAUUGUCGAAGAUAUUGGCCCCGGUGUAACGCGAUACAGGAAGGGGCAGCGAGUCAUUGCUCACUGCAAUAGCCUCAUGACUCAAGACCCUGCCAAUGCAGCAUUUCAGCUAUAUACGGUUGUUACCGAGGCUCUCGUAGCUGAAUUGCCUGAUGGAUUGACCUUUGAAGAGGGCUCUGUACUGCCGUUGGCGACCUCAACGGCCUGCGCAGGUCUUUAUCGGAAGGAUUACCUCGGACUGCCCUUGCCUGUAGUUGGAGGUGCUAAAGCGACAGGUCAAACGAUCCUUAUAUGGGGUGGUGCAUCUUCGGUUGGUGCAACUUCAAUUCAGCUUGCAGUGGCCUCGGGCUUGACUGUCCUGACUACUGCAUCGGCGGCUAAUCACGACUUCGUCAAGUCUCUGGGUGCACACGCCGUUUUCGACUAUAGGUCCUCAAAUGUUGUGCAAGACAUAGUCAAUGCACUUGCGAAUACCAAAUUUGUCGGGGUCUACGAUGCUAUCUCGGAGGAUGUCAGCUUUAAAGCGAUCUCGACAAUUCUGGAUGGGUUGAACGUGACGGUAAAUGUUGCCAGCGUCCUGCCCUAUGACAAGCCAACUGAGCGAUUCGCUCCAAAGUACGUGCUUGCCUACUCCAUCAUUCAAGACCCUCACUGCGAUAUUGGUGAGUGGAUUUGGGGUAAAUACGUCCCAGAGGCUUUGGCAAACGGAACUUUCAAGCCCAAGCCAGAGCCUGUUGUCGUUGGCAAUGGACUUCAAGACAUCCAGUAUGGUCUCGAUAUACAAAAGAAGGGUGUAUCCGCUAAGAAGGUGGUCAUCGCUCUUUGA